AUGUGGGGCCUGGGUCCAGUCGGGGGCCAGAGCCAGACCCCUAGGGCAGAGGGCACACGGCUCCUGCAGGAGGGAGCUGGGAGACUAGGCAGCUCCAUGUAGGUCCACGUUUAGGUUGGGAGGCUCCACCAUGAAGAAGGUCAAGAAGAAAAAGCCAGAGGCCAGGCGCCGCCGAGACUCGGCCUCCCAGCACUCCACCUCGCAGCGCGAGGCCUCUGAGUCGCCCUCACAGCAGCCCAGCCCCGAGUCCACCUCACAGCAGCCCAGCUCGGAGUCCACCCCGCAGCAGCUGAGCCCUGAGUCCACUCCUCAGCAGCCUAGCCUUGAAAACACCGCCCAGCAGCCUGCGCCCCAGGCCCUUCCAGCUGCCAAAAUCCACCACUCCUCUGAGGGCCUAUCUCCUGCCUCUGACACAAAAGCAGCCCCUCAGUCCAAGAAAACAAGGAAAACAGGGCCUCAGACGCAUGCGGGCCCGCAUUCCUGCUCCUGUGUCGCGUGCCCCGGCAGCAACGCUUGCUGGCGUCGUCUGGGGCUAUGCCAUAGCCGCAUCUUCGAUGUCCUUCUGCCUCGGGACUGGCAGCUCGUGCCAGGGAGAGGACUCCCAAGCCUCCUCACCUUCUACAGAAAACCUACAAGAAAACUCUCCAGUCCUCGUAACUCGUGUCCUCCGAUCUCUGGGGACUGUUGCUGUGGCUCUAGGGGCUCUGGGAGCUGCUUACUACAUCACUGAGACCUCGUGAACGAUGGCCCAGGCCCCCCGUCCGGCAGAUCCAGUUUCCAUCAAAGGAUCUCACUUGUCACCAAAAUAAAAAUAAAAAAAAAAAAAA